ACCAACAUGCAUGAUUUCAUUUUGUAGAGCUUUGGUGUUUUCUCUUACUGCUGAAUUUGCUGCAGCCUAAGUUGCUUGUGGCGCCAUGGAGCCAGGAAAUAGCAAGGGGGAAGAUUCUUCUCCCCUGUUCAGUAAAGCCAUGGAUCCGGGAAAUGGCAGGGAGGGCGAUUCUUCUCCCAUAUUUAGUAAAGCCACCAUCACAACCAACCGUCGCAGUGAUUUGUCUUGUGGAGCUGCUCACUCAGAGUCGAUUGUGCACCGCCUCAACCACCUCAGUCUGCUCAUCAACAGUUCAGGCAUUGACCUCAACAUUGCUCUAGACGAGUCCCUCUAUGAGUCUGCUGAGGCUGCCAUAGCCAGUGAAGAUGAAGACAAAAACAGUGAAGGCAAUGACACGCUGGCCAGUCUGUCUUCACAGUCUACAAAGAGACGCUCACUGAUGCCUCCUCCAUCGCAGCCUGAAACUGUCAAAGAUACAAAGAAUGGCUCUAAGAAGAUGGGGUUGAAUAAUGUGUCAGCCUCGUACAUGUGCAAGGAUGGGCUGCUGGACGCCUUUCUGACUCUGUAUGAUGAAUGCUGCACUAAUGACAAGUACAAGAAGGACCCACUUGUGCAGAACUUUGUUAAGAAAUACCAACCUUAUGCUGCUCACCUGUCCAAGCUGCGAAUAAGUCUUGCUGACUUUGAGUGCGUGCGUGUGAUCGGUCGCGGACACUUCGGUGUGGUGCAGCUAAUCAAGGAAAUCUCCUCUGGCAAUGUCUAUGCUCUGAAGACUUUGAAGAAAGAUGAGACUCUACAGCUGAAACAUGUUGCCUUCUUUGAGGAGGAGCGAGACAUCAUGGCCAAAGCAACGUCCCCCUGGAUCACCAAACUGCAGUACGCCUUCCAGGAUGCGCGACAUCUGCACCUGGUGAUGGAGUACCACCCUGGUGGUGACCUGCUCUCUCUGAUGGAGCGCCACCACAACAACCACGGCACCCGUUGCCUGCCCGAGGACUGGGUAGUGUUCUACCUCGCCCAGACCACCACUGCGCUCCACCACCUCCACAACAUGGGCUAUGUUCACCGGGAUGUAAAGCCAGAGAACCUGCUGCUGGACCGCUGUGGGCACAUCAAACUAGCAGACUUUGGGUCCUCAUGUCGGCUGAGCCAGGACGGCUCUGUGACGGCCAGCCUGCCUGCUGGCACUCCUGACUACCUGGCACCUGAAGUCCUGGCAGAUGUCAACUCCUCUGCCAGCUAUGGGACAUGCCAANGUCACUAUGUAGGCUCCUACUCCAUCAUCAUGCAGCACCAGAGCUCGCUGCGGUUCCCCUCUCCCCCCGCGGUGAGCGACGUCGCCGUCAGUAUGGUGCGGGCGCUCGUGUGCGACGCGGCGCAGCGCCUCGACUACCGCGGCAUCACGCGCCAUCCCUUCUUCCUGCACUGCAACUUCCAGGCCCUGCACCUCAUGGUUCCUCCAUUCAUCCCGUCCGUGAGCGGCCCUGAUGACUCGAGUAACUUCGAUAGCUUUGGUGAGGAGGCAGCGAUGUCUGGCAGAGGGCAGCACUCCAUGGACGUAUCGUCCUCCAAAGCACCAACCCUGCCCCACCGCGUGCCCUUCGUUGGCUUCACCUUCGUGCGGCCUCCUCCUGUUGCUGAAGAGCCUGCCAGGUGCCUUGAUACGAGCGACAGCAGCGUGUCUGAGGAGCUGACAAGACUUCGUUCAGAGUUGCACGACAAGAAGAAGCAGCUGCACCAGCUGCAGCUCCAGAUGGCUGAGGCGAGCGACUCGGUGCGCCCUGAGGCGGAGGCUCGAGUGCAGAAACUGGAGAGCGACCGCCUCAAGCUUAAGGCUGGGCUUGCCAAGCGGGAGGCCGCCAUUCAG